AUGUCCGAAGAGGUGUCGCCGUACGUGACGCUAAUUUCCAACGACGGGUUCCAAUUUCUCAUUUCCAAGGACGCCGCGCUGGUCAGUGGAACGUUGAAGGGAAUGCUCAACACGUCGUUCCAGGAGUCGUCCACCAACACCAUCAAACUGCACGAGCUGGACGGGGUGUUGCUGGAGAAGGUGAUCGAGUACCUGUAUUAUAACCUCAAGUACAAAGAGUCAGUGGACGUGCCAGAGUUCGACAUUCCGACCGAGAUGGCGCUCGAGCUGCUCGUGGCCGCGGAUUUCUUGGACGUUUGA